AGACACAAAGUCACCGGGACUGAGUGAGUGAGUGAGAGGGUGAGUGAGUGAGAGCAGCGCUGCGCUCUCUGUCUCAAAUACAUUUACGCACCGCAGCAGUAUUCCGCCCCUCUCUCUCUCUUUACUCCCCGCCGUCCUCUUAACACCAACAUCCACCACCGACCGGCUCUCUCCACUCUGAAGGACCGGGGGCAGAGAAGUCAGCACACGUACCGAGCAGCCUCCGUCCCAAACCACCGUGCUUUGAAUGCAGUGAGGAAUUAAAGCGGGAGAGGAAGAGGAGGAGGACGGAAGUUUUUUUCUCGUGGCGAGCUCAGGGCGCACCGGGACUGGAUGGUUGAGCCCAGCCCUCCAGCACUGCACCUCCUCUCAGGCGGUGAUGUCAGCAUGGCGUGUAUUGGUGUCAAAGUAGAACAGGAGGAGUCAGGUGGUGGGGGUGGAGUCAUUACAUGCACUGAACCUCUUAAGACAUCUCCCACACGUGAUUGGUCAGGAAAUCAUCCACUGGAGGCCCGCCAAUUGACCCCACCACUCUCCCGCUCCCCUUCGGAGGGCUCUCCAGGUAAGGAGCUGCCUCUCAGGCAAAGCCCCGUGGGACUGAAGGAGGCCAGGACACAUGAUAGACCAGAAGGACAAUCCAACUUUAAGGAAGUAAUGCCUACCAUUGAGAAGCUGCUGAAUGCUGACUGGAAGGAGAAACUUCUGGAUAAAAGCACAGUGGGGGCAGGACAACUGAAAGGUACCCCAGAGGCUCUGGCAGAGAAGGAGCUGCAGUUGUUGAUGAUGAUCAACCAGCUGAGCGGUCUGAGGGAGCAACUACUGGGAGCCCACUCUGAGCAGAGGAACAUGGCCGCCCUGCUGCUGGAGAAACAGCAGCAGCAGAUGGAGCUGGCUCGACAACAGCAGGAACAGAUCGCCAAGCAACAGCAGCAGCUGAUCCAGCAGCAGCACAAGAUCAACCUGCUUCAGCAGCAGAUCCAGCAGGUGAAUAUGCCCUACGUGAUGAUCCCUGCGUUCCACCCCAACACCCAGCCCCUCUCGGUCACCUCUGACCCCCAGAUGACCCUACCACUGCAACCAAUCCCCUGCAAGCCAGCUGUGGACUAUUCCAUGCAGCUGCUGCAGAACCCACACCCCACCCCUGUCAAGAGGAGCAGUGGUUCUUUCCGACAGGAAGCCAGUCAGCCCUUGAACCUGACCUCCAAGCCAAAGGGGCUGGAGCUGGGGAAAACACCCAGUCCUCAGAGCCUGGAGCUGGGAUCACUGGCGCUGCAGGGGGCCUACAGGUCCAGAGAUCUCCACAGAGAGGUGUCCCACAGCCCGCCACGAUCUGCCCUCAGUUUCCUCGGAGAAGGCGAUGUGGUCACCCAGGCCAUCCAUGAUGCCCAGCAGCUCCUGAGAGGUCACAGCACCGGAGGGCGAGAAAGAGACAGGGACAGAGAGAGAGAUGGUGGCGGAAAGAUGGAGUACAAAGAUUCUCCCCACAGCACAGAGAAAAUUUCUUCCUCCGAGCGGGGUGAAGACAGACACGUUCCACUGUCCACUGAGGACCACCUCAGCAGUGACUCUGAGGGUGCCCUGUCCGUCUCAGUCCAAGGCAACUAUGCUGAGGCCCGGCCCCCUCCCUCCUCAGGCCACAUCAAGAGACCCAUGAAUGCCUUCAUGGUGUGGGCCAAGGACGAGCGCAGGAGGAUCCUGCAGGCCUUCCCUGACAUGCACAACUCCUCCAUCAGCAAGAUCCUGGGCUCCAGAUGGAAGGGCAUGUCCAAUCAAGAGAAGCAGCCUUAUUACGAAGAGCAGGCGAGGCUGAGCAGACAGCAUCUGGAGCGCUACCCUGACUACAAGUACAAGCCCCGGCCCAAACGGACCUGCAUUGUGGAGGGACGGAGGCUGAGGGUGGGCGAGUACAAGGCCAUGAUGAAGAACCGCCGGCAGGAGCAGAGAGCGACCUACACACACAGUCAAACAGAACCGCAGCAGAUCCACUACUCCCACAGCGAUGGCCAGUACCCGGGCGGUGCCAGCUCGGUCUCAGUGGCAACCAUGCCCUUUCACCCCGCAUUACUGGAGCACUACCUGCCACAGGUGCCCCCCACGAUGCGUCGAGCAGAGGGCCAGGCCACACCUACAUCCCUGCCGAGAGAAAGAGAGAGGGAACAAGAGAGGGAGCGGCCGCCGUACAGCGAAGGAGAGGAGAGCGACGCGGGAGAGAGGAGUGAGGGGGAACUGGUGCUCCUGACAGACUGAAGUGGGGGAGUGGGGUGGGUGGGAGAGGAAAAAAUGGUGGUGAGGAAUGAGAGGGGAGGGUAGCUGAGGAGGAAGGGAGCUCUUUGUUGACUGACAGUCGGAGAAGAGGAAUGGAGGAGGAACAGGGGAGACGGGAGGGAUUGAGUUGUCACCAGAUGAUAAGAUUGCCCCUCUGGUAGGCAAACGUGAAGAGAUGUGGUGAGAAAACGUCAUACUCACUCCUUUGUAAAUUAGUUGAAAUUAGUAGAAACCCUGCCCCACAUACACACACACACACACACACACACACACACACACACACACACACAUAGAGGCAAGCUCUUGUGUUACUCAUUUCCCUUCAUAGACAUGUCAUCAGCUGCUUUGUUUUAGAAUACAGAAGUCAUACUUAAGUUACAAGGGAAAAGGUUUAUUGUUUAAUCCCUUAUGCUACUUGCUUUCCUCCCAUGUUGACUUUUGGCACCACAGGGAUUCUUCUCAUUGGAGGAAAGUUUAAAACCACAUACGGUUACCAGAAUCCCUGUUUUCACCUGUUUGACAGCUGAGUUACUACUCUGUGGUUGAAGCAACAGGCCAGUGAUGGAGCUGUAUGUUAUCAGCACAUCAGUACUGCCCCCUGCUGGUAGAAGCUGGUUAUUACUUCAUGAAAAACCCAGAGCAGUAGCAUUCCUGUCUGCUAAUUUUCACAUUAAGUAUCUCAGUGUUGAGAACACUGACACUUGUUGCACCACAUGCUCAUAUAUUACACGACACUCACGCAAGUCAUGGAUCAGAUUGUCUGGAGUAGUAUGGAACCUGGAGUUUGGCAGAUUAUAGUGCUCCAAUUUAAAUUUGUUCUUAAAAAGACUGAGAGAAAAUAAAUAGAGAGAUCGAAGGUUUGUUUCAGCAAUUUGGUAAGAUAAAUAAAGAUGCGGGGCUCAGAUUAAAAAAGAAUGGUUAGCAGCAAAGGCUGAGAUGCUGCCCUACAUGCCAGCCGACAUAAAGGGCAGUAAGUAAGUAAAUAAGAGGCUGAGAUAUCCUGAUGUUUAGUCCUCAGUGUGGUUCAAGCACCUAAAACACUGGAUCCUACACUUCCCAUGAUGCAGCUUCAUACCCUGCCACAUUAGAUACCCACUUCCUGGUAAAUGUCCACGUGGUUUCAAAAUUUAAACCCCUACUUUCUAACUCUGACUUAAAAGUAUACAUUUUUAGUCUCUAAUCUCACAGUGAUAAACCCUUUUGACAUCAUCAGGGUUAUUUUUCAGACAUUAUUCUGCUGUUCUCACAGCCUGACAAGUAGUCGUCAUGACAAACAAAAUGAACCUAAUGUGUAAAAUAUAUUACAUCACAUCAGAUCACAUCACAUCAGCAUUCUGGAACACUGUUUACUUGAAGCAGAUAAGAUACAUCUUUAAAUUGAUCUCACUUAAAACAAAACCAUGGCAGAUGUCAGUCAUUGCUUCACAUACAUUUAGUGGCUCUCGACAGAUUACACAGAGUUUUGUUUGUCACCAUUAUAGACUGUAUAUGAAGAUGAGCGGCACAUUUCCACUUACCCCCACUGUACGAAAAUGAAGCCAAAAUAUCCCAGAUACGGCUGCUGGUGAUGUCAUUUGGAGCCGGAGUCUGCGUGGUAACGAUCGCUGUGGCGUCGAAUUCCCGCCCAAACACUUUGUCCAACCAGUCUUGUGCAGCACCAUUGAUCGCAAGCACACCAGUGGCACACAUAGCUGUCAAUCAUGACCUCAAACCCCAUUAAUACUGCAUCAAAUAACUAACUUUGAAGAAAAAAUAUCACUUCAACGUACAGCUGCAUAAUAAGAACUACGUAAAAUGACAGAAACCAUCUUUGGGAAAAAUGUAUUUGACAUUUACAUUGAGUUUUUAGUUUGGCUCAUGUCCCAUUGCUUAAAUGGUGGGAUGGGGUUUAUGACCCAUACUGCAGCCAGCCACCAGGGGGCGAUCGUUACAUUUUGGCUUCAAUUUUGAGGAGCUGUCCAUCAUGUCGUCCAUCUUAUUUAUUUUUUUACAGUCUAUGGUCACCAUGGUUGUAGUAAAUGUUUCAAUUAAGGCAAGGCAAAUUUAUUUGUGUAGCACAUUACAUACAGAGCGGUAAUUCAGCGUGCUUUACAUAAUGCAUUAAAAACAAUUUUAAAAAAGCAGAAAGACAAACUGCAUAAAAUCAUUCAAAUGCUAAUUAAAAGGAUAAAAAUCUGAGGGGUCUGUCACAGCACACAGUGGUUUACAAUCAGGCCGCCAAUGAAAUCUUUUUUAAGAAGUUACAUCCCAGAUAAUGUACAUUUAAUUAACAAUCUAACCCUCCUCUUCCUCGUCCUCCCACAUCACACUGUUCAGUUGAGCUGUGUUGUAUAUGCUGUAUUUGUGUGUCUAUGAGUUCCCUCUCCAUAGCACGGUGGGUUGACCUCAGCCUUACCUAUUUUUUUUUUAUACCUCUGUGUUUGCUUCUUUGAGUGUUAAUUGACUGUCGUGUUGAGCACCUCCUAUCUGUGUAUCCAAAUGUCAGCUGUUGUUUUCGCUGCUUUUGAGAUGCAGCCUCUUGCAACACUGCAGAAAAUAUCCAACAUGCACCAUAAUUUUUCAGGAAUUAUUUUCAUAUUUAAAAGGCUCAAAGUUAAACUACAUAAAGUUCCAUCUAAAUAGGCUAAAUUGUUGUCUUCUUGUUUCAUCUUUUAUUUUCCUGUUCCAGCUAUCAAACAGAGCCAAAUCAAUCCCAAAUCACGUCACAUGGAGGCUGUUGUUUAUUGGUAGGAUGUUCUCUCUAACAGAUACAGAGAUGGAGAAAAGGUCCAUUAAUGGUUGUGAGCUUUUGACAGUGAGGCUAAAUAGAAACAAAGUUUUUGGGCGACUGAACCACUGGUCAACUUCAUGAGAACGUAGAAACCAAAAUCAUCCGUGAGUCCUCAGUUCAUUUUCGGCUACAGUGUGCCACGCUAACAGUUUAGCUUGCUGAGUGAUAUUUGGCUCCAUGUUAGCACUUAGCACUAUGUUCUUUGAUAGUAGGGCUGCAUCACUGAUGAUUGGAGUUAACAUAUUGGCAUACUGAUUGUUUUAGAGGUAUGCUUUAUUUUAUUUUUCCUUGUAGGAAACAGGUUAGUUCCAAUAAUAAAACUUCAUGCUAAUGAUGCUACAGUUUAGCAUGCAUGAUCCUAAGUGACUCUAGGUUCCAAAUUUAUUUAAUGAGUUAGUUUUAACGUCAAAAAUAGUUUGAGUUUGAAGUCAAAAGUAGUCUUAAACUGUAGCUUAAGUUGUAGUUUUAUGUAAAACAUUGUUAUACUUUAAAGUAAAUGUAGGACAAAAGAUGUGCUAACGAUUAACUAGCUACUGCUUUACCUCUUUCCAUGUAACGUUGUGGAAAAAGGUAAAGGUGGUGGAUUUUUGGAGAAUGUGUGCCUCCCCAAUUCAGUGCUCAACAGAUGAAUAUGUGGUUGCCACAAGUAAAAUAGUGCCAGAAAUAAACCUGCUACAUCCUACUCAGUAUGUUUAUCCAUUAGCAUGUUGCUAUUAGCCUGAAGGAAUCUGUGGCUAACACUUCUAAUCACAUGGAUAGUUUUGGUGUCUUUGUUCUCAGCACUCAAUAACCAUAUUGACUAAUAGGGCAAUGUAACAAAAAUGUAGUGUACCUACAUAACACUGGGGCCAAUCCACUCUUAGCUAGCUGCGAGGAUGACAAAUCAAAAUGGCGGGAAAAGAGGAGUUUCAGGCCUCGAUGUUUGGGUUUGGGGCUCAUCCAAAACAAUCAGGGUCAGGGCUGUGUGGAGAAAAGAUGCUGGCUUUUGUGCACAGAGAUGGAUUUCAGAGGAAAAUGUUUAUCUUAUUUUAGCGGAGACAUGCUGAGGAGUCGUUACCCCUGCUGAUGUAAAUAUAGAAAGAGACUUUAUUUUGUUUAUAAGAGCCUGUGUAAUUUAAAGGUGUAUGUUUCUCUAUGUUUUCAGAGUUUUGUGUUGUUGUUUUUUCGUUUUGUUUUUUCUUGAAAGACAAUAAAUUGGUUGUGCUAA